AUGUUCAUUGGACCUAUACAGCGCACUCUGACGGCAUUUCCUACACUCUUCAAGCCUGCACAAACACGUUCUAUCGGCUUCCUGUCAACGCUACCGGAGGAACAUUUGAUGCUACGUGACAUGUGCGUGCAAUACGCGGCCAAAAACCUUACACCAAUUGCUGGGAAGCUGGAUAAGGAGCACAAAUUUCCGGCGAAGCAAGUGAAGGAGCUGGGGGAGAUGGGGCUUAUGGGCGUUGCCAUUGACGACCAGUAUGGAGGAGCAGGGUUGGACUAUUUGGCCUACGCUAUUGCAAUUGAGGAGAUAAGCCGCGGUUGUGCAAGCACGGGUGUCAUCAUGUCUGUCAAUAAUUCGUUGUAUUGUGCACCGCUGGAGAAAUUUGGCACUUUAGAACAAAAGGAAACACACUUGACACCAUAUGCUAGUGGAGAGAAACUUGGUUGUUUUGGACUGAGUGAGCCGGGCAAUGGCAGUGAUGCUGGUGCUGCGUCGACCACAGCACGUGUUACUGACAAGGGCUAUGUGCUAAACGGCACGAAAGCAUGGAUUACAAAUGCUCAUGAUGCAGAUCAGGCUAUUGUGUUUGCUACGACGGACAAGUCGCUGAAACACAGGGGUAUUAGUGCAUUUAUUGUGCCGACAGACGCUGAAGGCUUUUCGCUGGGGAAGAAGGAGGAAAAGCUAGGGAUUUGCGCAUCUAGCACAGGCAAUCUCAUUUUCGAAGACGUCGAGAUUCCAAAGGAAAAUCUUCUUGGCAAAGAAGGAGAUGGAUUCAAGAUUGCUAUGAUUACCCUGGACUCGGGCCGAAUUGGCAUUGCGUCGCAGGCGCUGGGUAUUGCUCAAGCUUCGUACGACUGUGCUAUUGCAUAUGCCCAGACCCGUAAGGCAUUUGAUGUGCCUUUGGCGAAGAAUCCCAUCAUCCAGACCAAGCUGUCAACAAUGGCUACAGAGAUUGAGGCUGCACGUUUGUUGACGUGGAAAGCUGCUGUCGAGAAAGAUGCCGGUCGACCAUUUACAAAAUUGGCGGCCAUGGCAAAGCUCAAGGCAUCAGAAGCUGCCACAAUGUGCUCUCACCAGGCCAUCCAAAUACUUGGUGGUAUGGGCUACGUAACUGAAAUGCCAGCUGAACGUCAUUACCGUGACGCACGUAUUACGGAAAUCUACGAAGGCACGUCUGAAAUUAUGCAUUUGGUCAUUGGUGGAGCACUUAACAAGGAAUUUAGUGCGACUAGUUAG